AUCACGAGUUAUGUAUUUAAGUUUGUCAAUGUCGCAUACUUUAAGUUUUUUUUUUUUCAGUAGCUCGUAUAAUGUCUAGAGCAAUACAAUUGUUACCUAGAAUCCUUAUACUUUGGUUAAGUCAAUUAUAAAAUGCGAGCGUCUAUUUCAAUAACUGCCUUCUUGUGGAUUAAUAAUGUAUGCGGUCUACAAGUACCUCCGGCUACUUCCACAGAUCAGAGCAAUGCCGGAAACUCCUGGAGCUACUUGAACUUCGUAUCACUGAUCCAAAAUUAUCUAAAUCCUUCUACAAACCCUCUGAUUGAUUCUCAAGUCCAGUUGAUCCAUACACCUCCGAGUUUUCCGGUCUACAAUUUAAAUUACAAUUUUAAUCCUGACGUUAAUAAUCUUGUUAAGAUAAAUAAUAAUGAGAGGCCAUGGACCUGCGACAGCUCUCCUCCGAUAACGUGUACACAGGAGUUACCGUACCGUACUAUCGAUGGUUCGUGUAAUAAUUUAGAAAAUCCUGGAUGGGGAAUGGCAAACACGCGCUACGCACGACUGUUGCCGCCGAUUUAUUCUGACGGAAUUUGGCAACCAGCUGUAGCAAAAAGUGGUCGUGAUUUACCUCGCAGCAGAUUAUUAAGUUACACAUUGUUCCCUGAAUUGAGGGUUAAGGACCCAAAAUGGACCCUAGCGCUGAUGCAGUGGGGCCAAAUUAUUACUCAUGAUAUGGCUGAAUUAGUAACUAAGCCAAUGUUAAUCGAAUGUUGCACCAACGACGACAAACUAGUGACCCAAAACCUAGAAGACCCAUCAUGUUUCCCCAUAAUAGUUGGGCCUAACGACCCAAAUUACCCGCCAUCAACCCAAUGCCUGACAUUUACCCGCUCAGCGCCGGAUUUCGAGCUCCCGAACAGUUGUUUCGGCCAUCAGAAGCCAGCUGACCAGGUGACCCAGGUGACCCAGUUCCUGGAUCUGUCUUUGGUAUACGGAUCUUCGGACAGCCAAGCGGCGAAAUUGCGCAAGUUCCAGGGCGGCAAACUGAGGUCCCAGGUCAGGAGACAAAGAGAAUGGCUGCCGUCGGGAAACGCCUCGGAGGAAUGUGUCAUUGAGAGACCAAGUGACAUUUGCUACGAAGCUGGUGACAACCGCGUUAACCAGAAUCCUCAGCUCACGGUUCUACAGGUGCUUUUACUCCGCGAGCACAAUAGAAUUGCGACUAAUCUUGCCAAGAUUAAUCCUCACUGGAGUGACGAGACUAUUUAUCAGGAGGCUAGAAGGAUUGCUAUUGCGGAGUAUCAACAGAUUUCGUAUUAUGAGUGGCUGCCGCCGAUGAUUGAGAAUGCAUUAAAGUAUAAAAUAAUUUAUAAUACACCCGACGACCAGUAUGUAAACGAUUACAAUCCAAAUAUCGACCCAACUGUAUUAAACGAACAUUCUAAUGGUGCUUACCGAGUCUUUCACUCGCUCAUUGCCGGUUAUUUAAAACUGGUCCAGGAGAAUAGGUCAACGAAAGGACUGAUUAGGAUUAGCGACUGGUUUUUCCGACCGGGUAUUAUCGAACAGGGAGAUAACAUGGACGACUUGACACGUGGACUUUCGGACCAGCCUGAGCAGGCUAGAGAUGAAUAUUAUGAUCAUGAAAUAACCUUGUACCUCUUCCGUGGCCGAGAUCGUCUUGGCGGUGACUUAAGGUCAAUCGACAUCCAGAGGGCGCGAGACCACGGUUUGGCAACUUACAACGACUACCGCGAGUUCUGCGGGCUACGCCGCGCAAAAUCAUGGUCAGAUUUCCAAGAUUUCAUCAGCCCGGAGAAUGUUAACAAACUUUCGGAAUUGUACGAGCACCCGGAUGACGUUGACUUUGCAGUAGGUGGGGGCUUGGAAGUGAAUGACAACAACGCUCUAGCUGGUCCUACCUUCCUCUGCGUGCUUAUCGAGCAGUUCUACCGCACCCGCGUGGGCGACCGGUUCUGGUUCGAGUCUCCGGACCCGGUGGUUGCUUUCACUCGAGAGCAAUUGAGGGAAAUCCGUAAAGCCACAUUGGCAAGAUUUAUGUGCGACAACACCAACAGCAUUAAGACUAUUCAAAGGCGUGCCUUUGAAAUUCCAUCAAAAGAGAAUACACUUGUAUCUUGUGAUUCUAUUCCUGGAAUUGAUUUUAAUUUAUGGAGAGAUUAUGCUCCCCAAGUAGCCAAUCAGCAACAGCACCUCGGAAUUCUUUAUAAGAAAUAAUAAUA